AAUGCCUCGAUCGGCUUCUUUGGGCCGGCUUUACCACCAGGUUUUAGCAAGACACCCAGUUCACCAGACAGGUCACCUGUGCUGGGACCAGCUUUGCCGCCAGGUUUCCGCCGUGCUGCGUACGAUGACCAUGAUGACCAGGAUGAAGAUGGAGAGGAUGUACCAGGACCUGCCUUGCCCCCAGGCUACCAGGCGGAUCCAUCCAGCAGCGAGGAAGAGGAGGAUUUUGUCAUCGGACCCAUGCCGGCCAAAGGGCCAGUUGAAAACACUGUGGCUCUGGACAUCGAACGCAGGGCACAAAUGAUGAGAGACAAGCUGACUAAAGUUGACACUCCCGAGAUGCCAAGCAGAGACACGUGGAUGACGGAGCUCCCACCAGAACUGCAGCACAUCGGUUUGGGGGCUCGCACUUUCAAGAAGAAGUCUGGGCCGGAGAAGGGCGACCGCUCAAUUUGGACCGAUACGCCUGCGGAUAGAGAGCGCAAAGCCACGGAGCGGCGUGAGAAAAAGAAAAAAGGCGAUGCUAAGAAAGACAGCCCCCCGCGAGUGUCUCCGAAGGAUCUGGAAACAGCAGAGAAGGUGUCCAAGUAUAAUAAUACAAAACGCUCGGAGUCUUUGCUGAGUUUGCAUGCAAAGAACCUGAAGGAGAAGGCAAAGGAAGGCGAGGAGCAGCCGGCGGAGAAGCGGGCGUUCGACCGGGAGACCGACCUGCAGGUCAACCGCUUUGACGAAGCGCAGAAGCAGCGGCUGCUGAAGAAAUCUCAGGAACUCAACACGCGCUUCUCGCACAGCAAGGAUCGGAUGUUCCUGUGAGGACAGAACUUUGAACUCAUGAACUUUGACGAUCCUGCACAAGAAUGCCCAGCCAUCACUGAUGCAGUCCAACUUUUGUAAGUAAGAUGGAGAUAGCAGAAGAAGCACAUUGUUUGCAUUUUCAGGACAUGUUGGCAAUAUGUGAGAUGAUGAUAUAUAUCCCUCUAGACCAGGGGUGUCCAAACUUGUACCUCUGACUAAUGAAAUUUGAGAUUUGAGAUUUGAGAAGGCAGUAUAGCUCGGUUGGUAGAGCGGCCGUGCCAGCAACUUGAGGGUUGCAGGUUCGAUUCCCGCUUCCGCCAUCCUAGUCACUGCCGUUGUGUCCUUGGGCAAGACACUUUACCCACCUGCUCCCAGUGCCACCCACACUGGUUUAAAUGUAAGUUAGAUAUUGGGUUUCACUAUGUAAAGCGCUUUGAGUCACUAGAGAAAAAGCGCUAUAUAAAUAGCAUUCACUUCACUAAAUAGCAUUCACACUUUU